AGUGAGUAUCUGAAAAGGUAAAAGGUAUAUACAGGUAGCACCUUCAAACAGCAGCCAACCCUAUGGCUGAGGGAACAGAGGGCUGAAGUUGGAGUGAUUAAAAUAUAUAAACUAAGCCUGGUGUGGUGGUACAGAGUUAUAAUCCCACCACUCAGGAGCCUGAGGCAGGAGGAUCACUUGAGUUUGAGGCCAGCCUGGGCUAUAUAAGCAAGUUCAAGGCCAGCCUGAACUACAUAACCCUGCCUCCAAAAAAAAAAUUUAUGUAUGUACAUAUAUAUAUAUGAUAAAUAUAUACAUGCCUAGAGGAAAGUCUUUGCAGCAUUGAAGUUUCAGCCUCCAAGGAAAGAGUGUUGCUCCAGCUGGCAUUGGGUUCUAAGAGUUUGAGAAGAGGUCCUGAGGCCCAGGCCCUAGAAGAGAUGACCUGCUGUUGAUGCUGACUCUGCAAAUGCUGGCAAAACUGGAAGCUGCCUCCAUUGACUGUGAUAGGAAGGCACUCCCACUGGCAAGGGUGAAGAGUGUUGCUGGGAUGGAAGGAACGAGACCUUUCUUCUAACCUUGCCGAGUGUAAAUGGUUGGCCUUGCUACAGCUGACCAUUCUGGUCCCGAGAGAGAGACUGAGCCGGCCGUGGAUCGACUAGUCAACGGAGCACAGAGCGUCCCUAGUGACAUUCCUAACCACAGUGAGGACACAUGUUUUAAAGCAGAAGGCUUUGCAGUGAAUGAGGAGUCUGGUGGGGAAAAGAACACCUGGGAGCUGUGGCAAGCAACUCGCUUUCUGCCCAAGGAACAGACUGCUGACGUUUUUAAUGAGGACUGGGAUAUGGAGUUGAAAGCAGAUCAGGGGAAUCCUUACGAUGCGGAUGACAUUCAGGGGAGCAUUUGUCAAGAGCUCAAACCUUGGGUGUGCUGUGCCCCACAAGGAGACAUGAUCUAUGACCCCAGCUGGCACCACCCCCCUCCACUGAUUCCCCAUUAUUCCAAGAUGGUCUUUGAAACAGGACAGUUUGAUGAUGCUGAAGACUGAGUAGAACUUUCUGCCUUGUGGUAGGCGGGUCCUGCAGGUUAAAGUCUGUCUUCCCGUCUUUGGAGGUGAGAUGUCCUGUUUGAGACAUUGUUGUCAGUAAUUCCCAAGUCUGGGCUGCACAGGUCCUGCUGUUUCCCCCAGUUCUGUUGUUGUUGUUGUAAUGGAUUCCUCUCUGGGUUGUGUGAGUACUUGUGUCUGUGUCAGGAGGAAUCGUGUUCUUUAUAAAUAAACGUAGAAAAAAAAAUCAA